UUUGGCGCAGACGUCCGAUGCGCAGAAAUAACAUCCGGGUUGCGCCCUACGAGCAGAAUAUUUGUUUUGUCGAACAACGGUUUGCUGAAUAUUCAUUUGUAUUACCGUUAAUCAUCGAACUACGACAAAAACGCAAACAUUUUUAUCUGCUAGCCGACUGCACCGCAUAAAGGGUUUACUUCGUCGCUGACGAAGGAGCAGAAGACAAGUCCAGCCGCUGAUGUGACGGCGCUCCCCUGGAUGCGGUCAUGAGUAACAGCCAUCCCUUGCGGCCGCUGGCCUCCGUGUCGGAGAUCGACCACGUGCACCUCCUGUCUGAGCAGCUGGGGGCGCUGGUGCCCGGGGAGGCCUACAGCGACGUCACCUUCAUCGUGGAGGAGAAGCGCUUCCCCGCGCACCGGGUCAUCCUGGCCGCCCGCUGCCACUACUUCCGAGCGCUGCUCUACGGCGGGAUGAAGGAGUCCCAGCCGCAGGCGGAGGUGCACCUGGAGGAGACGCGGGCGGAGGCCUUCUCCAUGCUGCUGCAGUACCUGUACACGGGCCGGGCCAGCCUGAGCUCCGCCCGCGAGGAGGUGCUGCUGGACUUCCUGGGCCUGGCACACCGCUACGGCCUCCAGCCGCUGGAGGACUCCACCUCCGAGUUCCUGCGCACCGUGCUGCACACCCACAACGUGUGCCUGGUGUUCGACGUGGCCAGCCUGUACUGUCUGAGCGCGCUCAGCGCCGCCUGCUGCGCCUACAUGGACCGCCACGCCCCCGAGGUGCUGGCGUCUGACGGCUUCCUGACGCUGUCCAAGACGGCCCUGCUGACGGUGGUGCGGAGGGACUCGUUCGCCGCCAGCGAGAAGGACAUCUUCCAGGCCCUGUGCCGCUGGUGCCGGCACAACGGCGAGGCCGGGGCGCAGGAAGUGAUGUCGGCGGUGCGGCUGCCGCUCAUGAGCCUGACGGAGAUGCUGAACGUCGUCCGGCCGUCCGGCCUGAUCAGCCCCGACGACCUGCUGGACGCCAUCAAGACGCGGUCGGAGAGCCGCGACAUGGAGCUGAACUACCGCGGGAUGCUGAUCCCGGAGGAGAACAUCGCCACCAUGAAGCACGGCGCCCAGGUGGUGAAGGGCGAGCUGAAGUCGGCGCUGCUGGACGGGGACACGCAGAACUACGACCUGGACCACGGCUUCUCCCGGCACCCCAUCGAGGAGGACGGCCGCGCCGGGAUCCAGGUCAAACUGGGCCAGCCCUCCAUCAUCAACCACGUCCGCCUGCUGCUGUGGGACAGGGACAGCCGUUCGUACUCGUAUUAUAUCGAGGUGUCCAUGGAUGAGCUGGACUGGGUGCGUGUGGUGGAUCAUUCCAAGUACCUGUGCCGGUCCUGGCAGAACCUCUACUUCCCGCCGCGAGUGUGCAGGUACGUGCGCAUCGUGGGGACUCACAACACCGUCAACAAAGUCUUCCACCUGGUGGCCUUUGAGUGCAUGUUCACCAACAGCACCUUCACCCUGGAGAAAGGGCUGCUGGUGCCCGCGGAGAACGUGGCCACCAUCGCCACCUGCGCCAGCGUGAUCGAGGGCGUGAGCCGCAGCCGCAACGCGCUGCUCAACGGCGACACGCGCAACUACGACUGGGACUCGGGCUACACCUGCCACCAGCUGGGCUCGGGGGCCAUCGUCAUCCAGCUGGCCCAGCCCUACAUGCUGGGCUCCCUCAGGCUACUCCUGUGGGACUGUGAUGACCGUAGUUACAGUUACUACGUGGAACUCUCGACCAAUCAGCAGCAGUGGACGAAAGUGAUAGACCGGUCUAAAGCGGCCUGCAGGUCCUGGCAGACCCUGACGUUCGACAGGCAGCCAGCGGCCUUCAUCCGCAUCGUAGGAACUCACAACACCGCCAACGAGGUCUUCCACUGCGUCCACUUCGAAUGUCCGGCCCAGCUGGAUGUGGAGGUGAAGGAGGGCAGCCCGGGCCAAGGACCGGCUGAAUCAAACUCCAUCUCCCAGCAGCCUCAGCAGCCCCGCCCCCCACGGCCCUCCCGCUCCCAGAGCCUGCUCCCCUCCCAGCCCUCAUCCAGCCAAAACCAAGCCUCCUCCUCGUCCUCCUCCUCCCCCUCACGCUCCCACCCAUGAAGGACCCCCCCCCCGCCCAGACAGGUCCCCUCCCCUGCGUCCGGGGGGCUCAAUAACCCCACACCCCCCAUCACCACCCUAACCCUAAAUAUGUUUGCACAGGCUUCUCAUUUCAGGGCACUCUACCCCCCCCCCCAUGCUGCUACGCAAGUCAUAAAAAAAAACAGCACUCUUAAGAAGUUAACCUGUGACAUCACACAAAGAUAAUGUGUAGUGAGACAAGAUGUUUCACUGGCCUGACAGGGUCCUCUUCUAAAAUCAGGGUUUUGGUUUUGGGGGGGGGGGGGAGGGGUGGGGGAAUAAAUAGAAAAGAAAGAAAAAAGAAGGGAAGAAGGCGAUUAAGGACAUGUCUUAAGCUGAGAGUCCAUUAAUGUUCAGUCAAAAUGAAGUUCUGCACAGCGUUUGUGUGUUUCACCGGGCUCCCGGUACUGGGGGGAGGGGGGCAGAUGGGUGCUUUUGGCCCCGCCCCACUCGCGUGUCAUCUGGACUCUGAUAUAAGCUCUGCUGUAAUUCAUGCAUCGAUCCUGCAGCUUGAUUGUGCAGUUUGAGGAACAAGAGCGCUUGAAGACUAUUAUUUUAUUUUGUUUUAUUUUAUUUUUUUACCUAAAGAAGGCACUGUGCUCUUGAUUGCAUGGGUAAAAAGCAUUUUGUAAAGAUGGAAAUUGGGGCGGGGGGGGAAUAAAAAUCAGGAUUUGAGAUUAUACACUGCACUUUAACUGAUAAUCGGGAGGUGUACCAAAUUCGACACUGGAAUGUAUCCUGCUGUGUUUUUCUUGUAAAGAAACAAUCCGUUUUGGGGCAGGAGCCCCUCGAGUCCAUGUGCUUCAUAGGAAUGGGUUGAAGUUGUACCCCCCACCCCUAUCCCUCCCCCCCGCCCCCCACACACACUUUUCCACUCAGCUUAGUGUACGGCUGCUGAUGUGGCCACACCCAUAUUAUGACUGUGCUUUCAGAAGGCACUGCCGAUUGGUUCGCUUAAAGCAUGUGAUUUCCAUGUUCUAUGAAGGAAGGCCAUUUAAGUGCGCCUCUGUUUGCACGAGGACAGGUUAUCUUCCCUUUAAUCUUAAACGGCAAAUUCGCUCUUCUCUCUUCUCCCUCAGUCUGGCUCAUCCCUUAAUCCCUUCCCUUUUUUUUACCGUUCUCACUCUUUCACUCUUCUCCCUGAUGUCUUCAUUCUCUUUCGUGUCUUCCUCUCCGUCUCAUCCUUGCUUCCUUCCUGUCUCCUUAAAUCCGCCUCGGAUUUAAAACGUUAGAACUCCCUGACUUGGCAACGAAAGAUGUCGCUGUCUUUGCUGAAACACUUUGUGAGAUAAAAAAUGUGCAGUGUUGAAGACGAUGGAACAUGCAGGUUUAAAAUAACAGUUAUUCCCUCUCCUCUCUUAGUUUUUUGUUUUAAAACCUGGAAGUAUAUAUAUUCUUCUGGCACUGAAUGCUCUUCAAAGUUUAUUAUUUGUGUAGUCGUAAUUUAACAUAAAGAUGAAUAUAUGGAUAAUGCCGUUAUGCAUAUUGUCGUUGUUACUCCUAAGGAACUCUUAUUGUAAACGCCGAUUAUAUUAUUAUAUAAGUCCCACGUCUCUGUUAUUUCUUACCACUCAGAAAUUGUGAAUCUGGAGUCACAGCCGUGUUUAGACACAGGUGCAUGGUUUUGUACAGUACUCCUCUGACUGUACCUCUGUAUGCUGGGAUAUGCAGGAUCGUAAAUGUGUGACAGGUUUACCUGACACUGCAGGUAGGUGCGUGGGGUGAGAGGGGUUCUGCAUUGCUGCACAGAGCCUGUAGGUCUUUCUUACCCCAGCUGUGGACAGCCCCCACCACCCAUUUCAGUGUGUUACCUGCUGUCUUAACCGGCUUGAAAUCUUCAAUAAAAACAAGAGUGAACGAUGA